AUGGACACAGAAAGUUCUCCUGGACACGAGAGUGACUUUGUACCAUCCCCCUGGGUGGACAUGGGCGGCUUCACGCCCUCUCAGCAUUCACCACCACUGGAUUAUCAUGGGUUUGGAUAUGGUGUGAUACCUUUGGACUCGGCCUACGACGUGGGCAUACCACCUCCAUAUGCAUCACUACCAUUAACUCUGCCGUCGACCACAUGGCCCAGCAUGCUCUCUCACCACACGCAAUACCCGGAAGCAGGAAUGCCCCCCGUUCCCAUUCAACCUUCUGUAACGCCAAUUGCACCAGUCGCACCGCCACCGCGUAAAUCAUCAACUAGCAGCUCAACACCUCGAAGGACACUCACGGAUGACGACCGUCGGCGUAUGUGUCUCUAUCAUGAGGAGCACAAGACUGCCAAGCAAACCGACAUUGGAGCACUCUUUGGAGUGGAACGAAGUACUGUUUCAAAAGUGCUGCGCCAGAAAGACAAAUACCUUAAUCCAGAAGAUGGGAGUCGAUCACCUAUCAAACGAGCUAAGGGGCGGGUCCCUGAUAUCGAAAAGGCUCUCUCCAACUGGGUGAGGAACUACCAGCGACACGGCUAUCCCCUCAAUGAUGAAAUGAUUAGGGAGAAGGCCCUCUUCUUCGCCAGCACGUGCGGCAGUUCUGAUGGCAAAGAGAAAGUUCUGACUGCGAGCUGGCUGGAGAAAUUCAAACACAAAAACAACUUACUGGGUGCAAAGUCUCGGAAGAGCUCGUUUAGCACCACCAAGAGUGAGGCGACAAGUCCAACUGGCCUGAGCAUCAAUUCGGCGUUGGCAUCGGCCGUGCAGUCUCCUACUGUACUUUCACCUAUAUCUCCUGGGUUUACAACGCCGUCACCAUUGUCCCCAACUCAUAGCCAGGAGAAUAUCAAAGCUGAAGCUGUGGCUGACCUCAUUGGGAACUAUCAGCAUAUGCACACCAAGAGCACCACUUCACUCGAUACCACCUCAUCUUUCUCCCCCAGUGUGACCAGUCCAACAUCCACGCUGGUUUCAGAGAGUCCGUUUACUCCCACAAGUCAGUCCCGUAACUCCUCCACGGAUAGCAAUCCUAAUAGACCGCGAAGCCAGACAUGUCCGCUCAGCACUGUCGAUACUGCUGCUAUGACUGUGGACGAACCUUCAGAUCAAGUACCUCGUAGGACCUCUAUACACUCUCCUCCUCCUACCUUGCAGGAAUCACCCUUGAAGGACGAGCCUGAUACCAAAAACCUGCCUGGUCUCGAUACAUCGUCAAACAUAAUCAAGCGCAACCGCAGUAAUCCCGAGAUCAGGGCAAAGACAAUCUAUCCACCGUUAUUCUCGAAAUCAACCACUGUUUCUCCCGUGAGUUCUCCCGGUUCUCCAACCCAGGAUGAAGCUCGAAAGGCGCUGGAGCUGGUGAUGAAUUAUUUUGAACACCAGCCAGCUGGACUAGGGGCGCAGGAGUAUAUGACCAUCGGCAAACUGAUGGAAAGGCUCGAGCUGGCAAAGGCCCAGACCACGCUACCUGGCGGACUCACUCGUAUUGAUGAGCACGAGGAUGCACCUCACGUCACUAGAAAGAAAAGCAUUCACAGCAUGGGUUGA